AUGGCCAUCCUAGAAGAUGUCGGUCUAGAGGUCAACAUCAUCGUCAACGGCUCACCCUUGAAAGAGUACGAAGAUAAGGGAGCGGAUCUCUCAGAUGAUGGCUUCGGCGACGAAACCCGCAAAUGUCGACGCUAUGUGGAGGUGGACGGCGAUACCGAUUUUGGUGUACAACUUCAUGUCACAUCGAACAACAAGUAUCUCGACGGCAACAAAAAGAAACGGCUUCGAUUUUGCCUUGACUUAGAUGGCCAAGAAGAGCUCGAAGCCCGCCUGAUGAACUUUGCGCGUACACCAGUCUUGCUCGACGGCAAAGACGAGUGGAAUGGUCAAACCUAUAUAUCGCGCAGGUUCCGAUUCACCACCAUAUCCACGGAAGUCAAUGAGAAUGACAGAGAACGGGUUAGCAAGGACAAAGAAGCCGCAAGACUUCUUGGACUCAUUCGGGUCCGCGUCUGGCGGACCAGAAUCAUCGACACAUGCGUACCGGAGAAUCUACGUCAGACUACCAAGUUUGAUGAGAUGGGGAAGGAAUUAGCUGAAAACGCCGUGAAGGGCAAAGCACUUUCUCAUCGGGCUACACUCUCUGCCGCCGCAGUCGUUGACCCUUAUUUGACGGUUUCAACCUGGUCCUUUGUUGACCCUUUGGAUGUUCCGCUAGCCGUCUUCUACUUUGAAUACCGGUCGAAAGCUGCUCUUCAGGAAAAGCUGGUCAUCCCGCGCUCCCGAGAACCCUCUCCGCAGCCAGUCGACCUUGAUGCCCUGCCCGUCUCAGAGGUUAGCCGCCUGGCACAGUUACGGUCGCUGGGAAGCAAUGGAGGAGGGAAUGCUUCCUCGGAAGUAGCCGUCAAGCGAGAGCCUGGCGAAGAUCAGAUGUCUCAGCGACCGAGAAAGUUUGUGAAGACGAGUGAUGGCAGGGAAGCAGUUGAUCUCACCGAUGGCGAUUGA